AUGUCUCGCAAGUUCUUCUCCCGCCCAGCCGUUGCUCUCGCUCCCAUCCAGCCGUAUCCUCUCCCUCACUACCGGUCGUCUCCAUCCACCCUGCCAUCUCCUCUCCCUUACCUCCCCGCCGUCGCCUCUCCCUCCUCCCCGCCAUCACCUCUCCUCCUCCCCGUCGUCGCCUCUCCUCCUCCCCGCCAUCGCCUCUCCUCCUCCCCGCCGUCGUCUCCUCUCCUCCUCCCCGCCGUCGCCUCUCCUCCUCCCCGCCGUCGCCUCUCCCUUACCUCCCCGCCGUCGCCUCUCCCUCCUCCCCGCCGUCGCCUCUCCCUCCUCCCCGCCAUCGCCUCUCCUCCUCCCUGCCGUCGCCUCUCCUCCUCCCUGCCGCCGCCUCUCCUCCUCCCCGUCGCCUUCUCUCCUCCUCCCCGCCGUCGCCUCUCCCUUACCUCCCCGCCGUCGCCUCUCCCUCCUCCCCGCCGUCGCCUCUCCCUCCUCCCCGUCGUCGCCUCUCCUCCUCCCCGCCGUCGCCUCUCCUCCUCCCCGCCGUCGCCUCUCCUCCUCCCCGCCGUCACCUCUCCUCCUCCCCGCCGUCGCCUCUCCUCCUCCCCGCCGUCGCCUCUCCCUCCCUCCCGCCGUCGCCUCUCCCUCCUCCCCGCCAUCGCCUCUCCCUCCUCCCUGCCGUCUCGAGCGCAAGCGCGUGUUGGUGCGCAAGGGCGGGUCGGUGCGUUCUCAGUCCUUUAA